UACACUGACUUGGACUAGGAGUCCAAACAACACAUCAAUACAUUAUCAUUUAAAGUUGAAUACCAACAUCCAACUAAUCAACCCCAAAAAUUAAAUCAACCAGAAAAAAAAAAAAAAAAAAAACCCAAAAUUCAGUUGAAUAGUAUCGUCCCUAAUCAUCCACACACGUUUUCUUUCUCUCUCUCUAAUCCAAAAUGGAUCGAUAAUAUGACUAAAACCCCCAAAUUUGUCACUUUUGACCUACUCCAACCUCAAUUUUACUUCUCAAUUAACCCCCAGAAACCCUAAUUUACAGUAUGAUUCAAACCAAAAAACCCCAAUUCAAUCUGCUGUUCCUAAUUUUCAUAGGGUUAGGGUUUUGUUUGAAUUUGGGCGAUGCAAUUAAAGUACCCUUUAGGGUGAAUGAUGUUCUUCCUGUUUUACCCCGCCAAAUUUCAUGGCCUGUACUUAAUAAUCUUCAUAAUGCAGUUGAUUUGAUGCCUUCUUUUGUGGGUUCAAUUACCCCUCAAAAUAAUGAGUCAAUUCAGUGGAAAGGGGCUUGCUUUUUUGAGAAUACUGCUCGUCUUGAGUUCCCUGAUUCCGGCGAUAAGGGCUUGGGUGGUGGUGUUCUUCAUCUUACGACGUCUUCAGCCCACAGUUGGACCUGUAUGGAUCUUUAUGUUUUUGCAACGCCCUACAGGGUUACUUGGGAUUAUUAUUUUGCCUCCAGUGAGCAUACACUUAAGUUUGAAUCGUGGGAGGAAGCUGCUGAACUGGAAUAUGUAAAGCAACAUGGGAUAUCAGUGUUUUUAAUGCCAUCUGGAAUGUUGGGGACUUUCCUUUCUUUGGUGGAUGUUUUGCCUCUAUUUUCUGAUUCAGCCUGGGGUCAGCAUGCUAAUUUAGCUUUUCUUGAGAAGCACAUGGGUGCAACAUUUGAGAAGCGUCCUCAGUCUUGGCAGACAAUAAUUAAUCCAGAGGAUGUCCAUUCUGGGGAUUUUCUGGCUGUUUCAAAGAUCCGUGGUCGUUGGGGAGGAUUUGAGACACUAGAGAAAUGGGUCACUGGGGCAUUUGCUGGUCAUACGGCAGUUUGCCUAAAAGACGAGUAUGGUAAUCUUUGGGUUGGUGAAUCAGGGCAUGAGAAUGAAAAGGGUGAAGAAGUUAUUGCGAUCAUACCAUGGGACGAAUGGUGGAAACUGGCGUUGAAGGACAAAUCCAAUCCACAGAUAGCUUUGCUUCCCUUGCAUCCUGACGUGCGUGCAAAAUUCAACACUACUGCUGCUUGGGAAUUUGCACGAAGCAUGUCUGGAAAACCAUAUGGUUACCAUAAUAUGAUAUUUAGUUGGAUUGAUACCAUAGGCGACAACUUUCCGCCGCCUCUUGAUGCUCACUUGGUCAUUUCUGUCAUGUCUAUGUGGACUAGAGUACAGCCAGCGUAUGCAGCAAAUAUGUGGAAUGAGGCUUUAAAUAAGCGACUUGGAACUGAGGGCUUGGACUUGUACGAAAUCCUGUUGGAGAUUGAAAACCGAGGCAUAGCAUUUGAGCAGUUGCUAACCAUCCCAGAGCAAGAUGAAUGGAUAUACAGUGAUGGUAAAUCCACAACAUGUGUUGCCUUCAUCCUUGCAAUGUAUAAAGAGGCUGGAGUCUUUGAUCCUUUGUAUGACUCUAUCCAAGUAACAGAGUUCACAAUCCGCGAUGCUUAUAUGCUGAAAAUUUUUGAGAGCAACAUAACACGUUUGCCGAGCUGGUGUAACACUGAGUACGGGAAGAUUCCAUUUUGCCAGAUUCUUGGAGAGUAUCGUAUGGAGCUGCCUGAAUACAACACCGUUGAGCCAUAUGCCCACAUGAAUGAGAAUUGUCCUUCCUUGCCUCCACAUUAUCAGAGGCCUUUAAAAUGUUGAUGGUUUAGGUUAAAGUUAUGUUGUUUGUAGUAUGUACCACAUUCUAUAAUGGUUUGGAGCAUUGCUUUAGCAUCAGUUUGCCACAUUGAAGUUAUUUUGUAAUGUGUACAUAUAUACGAGUUAUCUAAAGUAUAUAUAGUAGUUGCUUUUGGAGAUUUGGUUGGGUAGCUUUAUGAGACGGGUGUAAAUAAAAUGCUUCACUUAUGCACGAAUAAGCAUUUUCAAAAAAAUUUACAUGUCAAA